UGCCGCCCCCCGCAGGACUGGAGAUGCACUGUCUGCACGCAAACAGAGACCAUAUGCACAUACAGGACACUUUUGUUUGUGCACGCAUCUUUACAAUCGCUUUUUGUCCUGGGGAUUCUGCUUUUGAAUACAAGUCGCACUUGACCGUGUAACGCAACGUUAUUAGGUAACUUUACGGGGUUACAACUUUAAGAGUGGGAUGUUCGUCAUAGCAGCGAUACGAAUGAGGAAACAGUAGCUGUGAAUGUAAGCGCAGCCCACAGCUCACGAGUCUCAGUACACUCCAGUCCGUGCCCGAGUUCAUCCGCUGACGACGAUCGCGGGUACCAGAAGAGGGGCGAUGUCAGACUCCUUAACGAACAGCACCACGACACAUGGCAAUGGUGAUGGGAACUCCAGUAGCCCACAGAAUAUUGCCUUUUUUUUGGUGCCUUCCUUCUUCCUGUUGGGGCUUCUGGGUGUCCUUAUCUGCCACAUCCUGAAGAGGAAGGGCUACCGCUGUACAACUGAGGCAGAGGAAGAUGCUGAGCUGGAUAAAGAGAGGGACGAAGAGGAGAAAGAUCCAGAAAAAGGAGAUCUGAAUGACACCUUCAGUGAAGACAACGCUGACACAGUGGGCCGAAUUGUUCACUACAUCAUGAAAAAUGAAGCCAACUCCGACGCACUCAAAGCCAUGGUUCAGGACAGUAUAGAAUCGGAGGGUCGCCCUGUGACGCCCACCUCUCCAAACACACCCGCCAGCCCAGAGAGCCCUGCACCGCGAGGGUUGCCACCCAGCUCAGCCAAACACACCUGCAACCAUCUGCACACCAUCGGAGGGAUCGGAGGACAUAAGAACAUCUGCAACCGCUGCAACCAGAAGAAAUGGCCUCUGAUGAGACGCUCAUCCAGCAAAAAACUGGACAGACGCAGUCAAGUAGUAGAGGUCGUAGUGCUGUCUGUAGGCAGAUUCCGGGUGACAAAGAGUGACCCCAAAUCGUCCCGGGAUAGGCAGACGUUGUUGAUCACUGAGCCCAAUGGCAGUGUUCCCCCUUCACCUGCUAACGCUGACCCCCCUGAACACAUCACAGGCCCAGAGUCACAGGAUAAAGGAGGCGGUGCAAAAUGACAUCUGUAGAGUUCCAGCAGCUUCCCAGGUGACAUUUUAAAAAGAUUUUAAUCUGGAAGUCACACUUCCAAAGAGGACUGAAGAGAGGGAAAACGCCUCAAAUUGUGUUGAUAGAUGGAGGAGGAAAAGAGGAUGAUGGAUGCAAACCCUCCUUUCUGUCAAGUGACACGUCAGUUGUGGAAAGGCAGCAGAAGCCAUACAUUAACCUGUCACCAUGGCAGCCCACCUUUCUCAAACACCCUUGUGUCAUUAUGGUGGAUGGCGUCAUUUGUGUUUGUUAAUGACUAUGAGUGUGUCAAUGUUUAAUCCAAGCUGGCAUUGUGGUUGGAGAUCUUCGCCAUGUGCCUCUUUGGGCAACUUCCAGGAAGUGGGAAGUAUUGUUCAGGGUUUUUUUUUUUCCUUUUUCAUUGCAAGCUGUGAUAAACACAGAAAAAGAGAGCCAUGAAAUUUCUCACUGGUUACAAUCCAGACUAAACGUUUAACUUAACCUGUUGCCAUCUUAAAUGGACUGGGCUUGAUCUUCUUCCCUAUAUACACCUUUUCGCCUUUGUUUUUUUUUUUUAUAAAUUAAACUGUUUAGAGAACAUUUUCUUUAAACCAGUGAAAUUGCAUAUUUAAUAGAUUAAUUUAUCAACCUAGCACACCUUAACCAACUGGAAGUUUGCCUGGUGAUGUCAGGUUUGGUCUAGGACAGAUUCAGUUCACCAGUCUGCCGAACACUCAACACUCAACUUUAGAAAUGUUAAACAUUCUUAGUUUAGCUUGCAUGUGUCCACAGAGUUCAGAAACUCUUAAGUCUAUAGCUCAUUUAGUGAUGUAAUGUCAAGUGUAUACAAAUAGAUAAGACUAUAUCCUUCACUAUACUUAAUAUUAUUGCUAUCUUUAAAAAAAAAAAAAAAAAAAUCUAUGGUACCUCAAAGAAGGUAAAAGUGUCCAAGCAUAGGCAAAGAAGACCAAAAUAUAGGACUUUUUAAUAAUCCUGAGUAUUUUAACCAAAACUCCAAUAAAUAUACAGUUGGCUUUUAAAAAAAAAAAAUGUAUUUUGCCUUUAAUUAACAUUGUCAUUAUCGUGCCACUGAUUUUGUUUUGCCUUUUUUUUUUUUGCUAAAACACCAUACAGGUAGAUGUCAAAAUAUCUUUAGGCUUUCUAACUCAUUGCACACAAGCUUGAGGUGCUUGAACGAAUAAUUUAAAUAAAUGUUGCUCAAAGCCUUCUUGCUAAAAUUUUAGCUACUGAAAUGAUAUGAAUCUAACUUAUCUUAAUGUGUCACUUCAAGUACUGUUACUUCUGAAAUCGACAAGAAUUAAAGAAACACGAAGAUGUGUAAACAGAAGAAUUAUUUAAAGAAAAUGAGUAAGAAUGUGCUGUUAUAUUUUAGUGAAAGUUUUGUACCUAGAAUUUAUACAUUAAAAGAUUAAACACA